AUGAAGAAAGCUUGCCGCAUUCUCCAACUUCCGGAUCACAUACUCGUGGAAAUAUUUUGCAAAAUCUCAGCGAAAACACUCACCCAAUGCAGAUUUGUGUGCAAGUCGUGGCAUAGUUUCUUCAAAGAUCCCCAGUUAAUCAAAGACCUAUUUUCAGGAACACUGCCCUCACCCUCCUCUUCCCUUUUGAUAUAUGGUUCAACUGACUGCAACAACAUCACAUCCGAAGCUUAUCAUGAAGACCACUUCUACUUCUUAAUCGAUUGUGACAAGGCCUCGACGAGUCGCCGGAGACGACAUGGCAAGGCACUGAACCCUUGCCCUAAAGACCUAGAGAUCAGCUUCUGUGUAGAAAUUGUGGGUUCUUGCAACGGCCUCCUGUGUCUAAACGAGCCAGGGCUCCAGUUUUACAUAUCCAAUCCCAUGACUAGUGAGUUCUCGCUUCUUCCAAUAUCAAAAUCUUAUCUUAAGAAAUACUCACUUAUUUUGGGGUUUGGAUUUAGUCCCAUCAGUAAUGUCUAUAAAGUACUGGAUAUUUAUAGAUUCCAGGAGUCUGCUAAAGUUGAAGCAAUGGUUAUGACUGUUGGCUCUGGUAUUUGGAGAAGCAUUGAUGCAAACCCUAUAAUGAGUAUAUCCUCCAAUAGGCAGCUGUGUCGCUCCCUAUAUGGGUUAUGCUUAUAUAUGACCUAUCUGAAUGGGUUUCUUCAUUGGGCUGUUCCUAGUAAUGGUUCUCUUUUGAUAUAUGCCUUUGAUCUUGAAACUGAGCAGUUCCAACAGUUACCACAUUUUGAUUUUGAAUCUGGAGGCGCUCCGUGUAACCUUGGAGUUUUGAGAGGCUGCCUCUCCGUACUUGUUCCAAAUAGUUGA